AUGCAUGCAAUAAAAGAGAGAGUUUCGGAAACGCUAUCACGAUUUUUUUCGGACUCCCCAUCAUCUCAAACGCCAGAUCAAGAAUCCGAGGCCAGGCCAUACACUAAGGAGGGAAAGUCUGCGUCUUCUACAUUUUCCUUCAUUCUCCCCUCAGCUGGUUUUGAUUGGUUUAGAUCAGACAACCGCAAUAAUGAGGUCAAAUCACUUGAAUCACAUUCUUUUAAAUGGAGAAGUAAAAGUUUUUCAUAUAGAGAUAAACCCAUGGACGGAUACUCGGAAUGUGAGUAUCGUUGUGAAGAAAAUGGAGAAAAUGGCUCCAUCAGGAGCCCAAGUCAAAAUAACAAAUCAAGUCCUCGCUUGGGAAAUGGAGAACCUGGCUCUGGGAGGAGCACUUGUAGCAGCACUGAUGUAUUUGAAGAUGCUGCUGAUUCAUAUAGUUUUGACGAGACCAUGCCCAACCUCACUGUUGAAUCCCUUUUCAUUUCCCCAGAUUUAUACGAGUUUUUCAAUUCAUCCCUUCCAAAUAUAGUGAAAGGUUGUCAAUGGAUCUUGUUGUAUAGUUCCGCAAGACAUGGUAUAUCACUUCGAACACUCAUUCGUAAGAGCGCGGGUCUCUCUGGUCCAUGUCUUUUGAUUACUGGUGAUAAGCAAGGUGCUGUAUUUGGCGGGUUACUUGAAUGCCCCCUGAAUCCUACUGCAAAGAGAAAAUAUCAAGGAACAAAUCAAACAUUUGUAUUCACAACCAUUUAUGGUGAACCAAGGCUGUUUAGACCUACUGGCGCCAACAGAUAUUUUUACUUGUGCUUGAACGACUUGAUUGCACUCGGAGGGGGUGCAAACUUUGCUUUAUGCUUGAAUGAAGAUCUUUUAUCUGGAACCAGUGGUCCAUGCGAAACAUUUGGGAACUUGUGUUUGGCCCAUGAUCAAGAGUUCGAAUUAAAAAAUGUUGAGCUGUGGGGUUUUUCACAUGUUUCUCAAUACCUUAAUUGA